UCAAAGAUCUUUUUUUUCUCUCAAUUCCUUUCAACGUUCAAAAUCGAAGAUCUCUUGCCGGUCUUAAGCUAUGAAUGAUCUUCUCUCCCGCUCGUUUAACCGCUCCGUCGCGGACGAUUCAUCGCCACCGCUCUCACACAACAUCGAGAUGUCAAAAGCGAAAUUCUCCGGCGGAAGUUGCAAAGGUGGUAACAACCUCGACAAGUUCUACCUCGACGUGGAGGUGGUGAACGAAGACCUUAAAGAGCUUGAUCGCCUCCGUCGCAACCUCCAAUCGAGUCACGAGCAGAGCAAGACGCUUCAUAACGCUAUGGCGGUGAAAGAGCUGAUGGAGAAGAUGGAAACUGACGUGACGGCGGCGCUCAAAACCGCGAGGCGCGUGCAAGGGAACCUCGAGGCUUUAGAUCGGGCUAAUGAAGUCAACCGGAGUUUACCGGAAAGUGGACCGGGUUCGUCGUCGGACCGGCAAAGGAUUUCGGUGGUUAACGGUUUGAGGAAGAAGCUGAAAGAUGACAUGGAAAAUUUUAAUCGAGUGAGAGAGACAAUCACGGAGGAGUACAAAGAGACGAUUGGGAGAAGGUACUUCACCGUCACCGGCGAAUAUCCCGACGAAGCUACCGUCGAUCGUCUCAUCUCCACAGGUGAAAGUGAAACAUUUUUGCAGAAAGCGAUACAAGAACAAGGUCGUGGUAGGAUUUUGGACACUAUUAACGAGAUACAAGAGAGGCACGAUGCAGUGAAAGACAUUGAGAAGAGCUUGAAUGAGUUGCACCAAGUGUUUCUUGAUAUGGCUGUGUUGGUUGAGCAUCAGGGUGCACAGCUUGACGACAUUGAAGGCAACGUCAAACGAGCUGACUCGCUUGUUCGGUCUGGUGCCGACCGGCUUGUUAAGGCACGGUUUUAUCAGAAGAACACACGGAAGUGGACUUGCUUCGCCAUUUUGCUAUUGCUCAUUAUUGUGGUUUUAGUUGUGUUGUUUACUGUUAAGCCUUGGGAGAGUAAUGGUAGUGGUGACAUAGCCGUUAACUUCACAGAUGGGAUGUUCAAGGGACUUUACCAUGGCAAGAACUGUCAUGUUCCUGAUAUUGCCACUGUCCUGAACCGGGCUUGGUCUGCUGGAGUCGAUAGAAUCAUAGUAACUGGUGGGUCAUUGGAAGAAUCAAGAGAAGCUCUUGCAAUUGCAGAAACUGAUGGUAGGCUAUUUUGCACUGUUGGUGUUCAUCCAACUAGAUGCAAUGAGUUUGAAGAGAGUGGUGAUCCAGAAAAGCAUUACCAGGCUCUUUAUUCAUUAGCCAAAGAAGGAAUGCAGAAAGGGAAGGUGGUAGCAAUUGGUGAAUGUGGAUUGGAUUAUGACAGGCUUCAAUUUUGCCCAGUUGACAUCCAGAAGAAGUAUUUUGAGAAGCAAUUCGAACUAGCAUAUGCUACAAAGUUGCCAAUGUUCCUACACAUGCGAGCAGCUGCUGAAGAUUUCUGUGAAAUUGUUGAGAGAAACAAGACUAGGUUCACUGGAGGAGUUGCUCAUUCAUUUACUGGUAGUGCAUUAGACCGCGAUAAGCUUCUCUCUUUUGAUAAAAUGUACCUUGGAGUUAACGGCUGCUCGUUGAAAACAGCUGAGAAUCUUGAUGUAAUGAAAGGAAUACCAGUAGAGAGGAUGAUGAUUGAAACCGACUCUCCAUAUUGUGAUAUUAAGAACACACACGCCGGAAUCAAGUUUGUAAAGUCGACUUGGCCUUCCAAGAAAAAAGAGAAGUAUGAUCAAGAAUCCCUUGUCAAAGGCCGAAACGAGCCAUGUUUAGUUCGGCAAGUUCUUGAGGUGGUGGCUGGCUAUAAAGGACUUGGUGAUAUAAAUCAAGUUAGCUCAACCUUGUACCACAACACUUGCAGAGUUUUCUUCCCUCAGGACUUAGAUUCUGCUGCAGAUGCUCUGCUUUCCGGGCACCAUGAGAUCGAGUAGCGGUAAUCAUGACAUCAAUUUGCAGUUUUCUGGAAUCAAGAUAUGUUACACCAUUUAUGGACUAAAAGCAUUCUCAAUAAAAAUUACAACAAAUC